AUUUCAGUCUGAAAGAUAGAAACAAACAAUCGGUUGAAAAAUUCCUUAAAAAAGUAUUUUUCUAAAUUUGUUAUCAACGUUUUAACUAAAUUUUUAGUAUUUAUAAUAUUAACAAGAAGAAAGGAGUCCCACUCUCACGCACCAUGUUUCCAAGACGCCCUACAAAGCAUCCCGUGCUACCUGCAAAGCAGCCCGUGGCACCAACAAUAGAAGACAUGAAAAAAUACAUAAAAAGUUUGCAUCCCUAUAAGUUUUUCCACAAGGACUAUGUCGCUGCCAUGGAUGCUCGUCAAGUGGCUAGACUCAGCAAGCGACAAAUUGGUCGUCUCUCACGUCUGGCCUGGUAUAAUCUACCGCCACCUAAACGCAUGCACUAUAUCCUUAUGGUAAGACGCAAGAUUGCGGAAGUCCAAAAUCUGAUGUUACUCAAACCAAAGAAGGGCAAUCAAAAGAAGGGCAAUCAAAAGAAGGGUUUGGCUAGGUCUUUGAUGAGUGAUAAAAGUCGCAAGAAUUUUGACAUAAUAUGCUGAAUCGAUUUGGGCACAUGAAAAAGUAAUGAGUCAGUUAAUGUCUUGUUAACUGCAUACGAUAUUUUCAUACCUUUUGAAUUUUGUUAAGAUGACAUUAAAGCAUAGCAACAAAUCGAGCAAAUA